AUGGACAAGGACGGCAUCCUCUGUUGCCACAUCCUCAAGGUGUUCACCCAUGUUGGCGUUGAUGUCAUACCGGAAAGGUACCUGCUAAGACGGUGGACACCUACUGCUGUACCUAGUGCGCCAGAGACUGGUUAUGAGCAACCGGAUGAAAUGCCUCCUCAAUCAAAGAAGCGGAUAAGGGAGAGGAACAUGAUAUACGAUUUUCGGAAACUAGCAAAGUUUGCGAGUGGUUCUGAUCUAGCACAAGCUAUUGUAUACAAGCAUAUGCGUGCAGCACUUAUGCAUAUAUGUGAUGUCAACCCUCAAGGACCUCCUCCCCCUCCUGGCUGUACACGGCAUCCUCCGCCACCUCCUCCCCCGCAUGCUCCUCCCAAUGGCCCUACAGGCAGCACUCAGGGGGCUCGUCGUCUAGGUGAUGCCAACCCUCAAAGACCUCCUCCCCCGCCAGGCCCAACUAGCAGUGCCCUUUGUGCUACUCCCAAUGGACCUACAGGCAGGACUCAGGGGGCUCAUAACCCAGGCGACUACAAUCCAAGUACCAUGACAGGUCGUGCUACUGCAGGUGAUUGUGACGGUCCUACUGCCCCGUUGGAGGCUGCAUCCCUUGCACAAGCUUCUGAUGAUUUUGUGCCCAGGGAUCCUCCAAGGUCUACUACAAAGGGUAGGGCAAAGAGUCGACGGUACAAAUCGGCACUGGAGCUACACCCAAAGAAGAAAAACAAAUGCAGCCAGUGCCAUCUACAGAGCACACUGCUGUUCAUGCACUGUGUAAAAAAAGUUGCUAUUUGUGCCUUUGUUGACAACUGGUUAAAUAUUUAG